UUCUUCGGUGAGAACCACCUGGAGGUGCCUGUGGCUAUGGCCCUGACCGACAUAGACCUACAGCUACAGUUCUCCACAUCCCAGCCCGAAGCCCUACUGCUCCUGGCAGCAGGCCCAGCUGACCACCUCCUGCUGCAGCUCUACUCUGGACUCCUGCAGGUCAGACUUGUCCUGGGCCAGGAGGAGAUGAGGCUGCAGACCCCAGCAGAGACACUGCUAAGUGACUCCGUCUUCCACACUGUGGUGCUAACUGUGACAGACAGCUGGGCCACAUUGUCAGUUGAUGGGCUCCUGAACACCUCAGCUCCAGUCCCAGGAGGCCCUCUGGAAGUCCCUUAUGGGCUCUUCGUGGGUGGCGCUGGGAGCCUUGGCCUGCCCUACCUGAAGGGAACCAGUCGCCCUCUGAGAGGUUGCCUCCAUGCAGCCACCCUCAAUGGCCGAAGCCUCCUCCGCCCAUUGACCCCAGACGUGCACGAGGGCUGUGCUGAAGAGUUUUCUGCCGGCGACGACGUGGCCCUGGGCUUCUCUGGGCCCCACUCUCUGGCUGCCUUCCCUGCCUGGGGCACUCGGGAUGAAGGCACCCUGGAGUUUACACUCACCACGAGGAGCCAGCAGGCGCCCCUGGCCUUCCAGGCAGGGGGCCGGCGUGGGGACUUCAUCUAUGUUGAUGUAUUUGAGGGCCACCUGCGGGCCAUGGUAGAGAAGGGCCAGGGCACUGUACUGCUCCACAACAGCAUGCCUGUGGCCGACGGGCAGCCCCACGAGGUCAGUGUCCACAUUGAUGUUCACCGGCUGGAAAUCUCCGUGGACCAGUACCCCACCCGCACUUCCAAUCGAGGGGUCCUCAGCUACCUGGAGCCAAAAGGCAGUCUCCUCCUCGGGGGCCUGGAUGCAGAGGCUUCUCGCCACCUCCAGGAGCACCGCCUGGGUCUGGCCCCUGGGGCUGCCAACGCGUCCCUGCUGGGCUGCAUGGAGGACCUCAGCGUCAAUGGCCAGAGGCGGGGGCUCCGGGAUGCCUUGCUGACUCGCAACAUGGCAGCCGGCUGCAGACUGGAGGAAGAGGAGUAUGAGGAAGAUGCCUAUGGCCCAUAUGAAGUCUUCUCCACCCUGGCACCUGAGCCUUGGCUCUCCAUGGAUCUGCCUGAACCCUGUGUGCCUGAGCUGGGGCUGCCUCCCAUCUUUGCCAAUUUCACCCAACUGCUGACCAUCAGCCCCCUGGUGGUGGCUGAAGGUGGCACAGCCUGGCUUGAGUGGCGGCACGUGCAGCCCACCCUAGACCUGAGCAAGGCAGAGCUACGCAAAUCUCAGGUGCUAUUGACCGUGAGCCGUGGGGCACGCCAUGGUGAGCUAGAGCUGGACAUCCCAGGUGCCCAGGUGCGGAAAAUGUUCACCCUGCUAGAUGUGGUGAACCGCAAGGCCCGCUUCGUCCAUGACGGCUCUGAGGACACCUCCGAUCAGCUGGUGCUGGAGGUGUCCGUGACGGCUCGGGGGCCAGUGCCCUCCUGCCUGCGGAGGGGACAGACCUACAUCCUGCCCAUUCAGGUCAAUCCUGUCAAUGACCCGCCCCGCAUCGUCUUCCCACACGGCAGCCUCAUGGUGAUCCUGGAGCACACGCAGAAGCCACUGGGACCUGAGGUUUUCCAGGCCUAUGACCCAGACUCAGCCUGUGAGGGCCUUACCUUCCAGCUUCUCGGCAACCCUGUGGGCCUCCCUGUGGAGCGCCGAGACCAGCCUAGGCAACCAGUGGUCGAGUUCUCCUGCCGGGAGCUGGAGGCGGGAAGCCUUGUCUAUAUCCACCGUGGUGGCCCCGCACAGGACCUUAUAUUCCGGGUCAGUGACGGGCUACAGGCUAGCUCCCCGGCCACCCUGAAGGUGGUGGCUGUCCGGCCAGCCAUCCAGAUCCGCCACAACACAGGGCUCCGCCUGGCACAGGGCUCCACUGCACCUAUCUUGCCCACCAACCUGUCGGUGGAGACCAAUGCGGUGGGGCAGGAUGUCAGCGUGCUGUUCCGGGUCAUGGGGGCCCUGCAGUUUGGGGAACUACAGAAGCAGGGGGCAGGUGGGGUGGAGGGUGCAGAGUGGCGGGCCACACAGGCCUUCCACCAGCGCGACGUGGAUCAGGGCCGCGUGAGGUACUUGAGCACUGACCCGGAGCACCACGCCGAGGACACCGUGGAGAGCCUGGCCCUAGAGGUGCAGGUAGGUCAGGAGACCCUGAGCAACUUCUCCUUUCCAGUAACCAUCCAGAGAGCCACAGUGUGGCUGCUGCAGCUGGAGCCCCUGCAUGCUCAGAACACCCAGCAGGAGGCCCUCACCACGGCCCACCUAGAGGCCACCGUAGAAGGGGCAGGCCCAAGCCCCAUCUCCUUCCACUAUGAAGUGGUUCAGGCCCCCAGGAAGGGGAAUCUUCGACUACAAGGCACGCGGCUGUCAGAUGGUCAGGGCUUCACCCAGGAUGACUUGCAGGCUGGGCGGGUGACCUAUGGGGCCACGACACGGGCCUCGGAGGCAGUCGAGGACAACUUCCGCUUCCGUGUCACAGCUCCAUCACACUUCUCCCCCCUCUACACCUUCCCCAUCUACAUCGGAGGUGACCCCGACGCCCCUGUUCUUACCAACAUCCUCCUCUCAGUGCCCGAGGGUGGAGAGGGUGUCAUCUCUGCUAACCACCUCUUCGUCAAGAGUCUCAACAGUGCCAGCUACCUCUAUGAGAUCAUGGAGCGACCCCGCCAUGGGAGGUUGGUAUGGCGGGACACACAAGACAAGUCCACCAUGGUGAUGUCCUUCACCAAUGAAGAUCUGCUCCAUGGCCGACUGGUCUACCAGCAUGACGACUCCGAGACCACGGAAGAUGACAUUCCAUUUGUGGCUACCCGUCAGGGCGAGGGCAGUGGUGGCAAUGCCUGGGAGGAGGUCCGGGGCGUCUUUCGUGUGGCCAUCCAACCCAUAAAUGAUCACGCCCCAGUGCAGACCAUCAGCCGCAUCUUCCAUGUGGCCCGGGGUGGGCAGCGGCUACUGACUACAGACGACGUGGCCUUCAGUGACUCUGACUCAGGUUUUACUGAUGCUCAGCUAGUGCUGACCCGCAAGGACCUCCUCUUCGGCAGUAUUGUAGCUGUGGAUGAGCCCACACGGCCCAUCUACCGCUUCACCCAAGAAGACCUCAGGAAAAGGCGGGUCCUAUUCGUGCACUCAGGGGCUGACCGUGGCUGGAUCCAGCUGCAGGUGUCUGACGGGCAGCACCAGGCCACUGCCCUGCUCGAGGUGCAGGCUUCAGAGCCUUACCUCCGUGUGGCCAAUGGCUCCAGCCUCGUGGUCCCUCAGGGGGGCCAGGGCACCAUUGACACAGCCGUGCUCCACCUGGACACCAACCUAGACAUCCGCAGUGGGGAUGAAGUCCGCUACCAUGUCACAUCUGGCCCACGCUGGGGGCAACUGCUCCGGGCUGGCCAGCCAGCCAUGGCCUUCUCCCAGCAGGACCUGCUGGAUGGGGCCAUCCUCUACAGCCACAAUGGCAGUCUCAGCCCCCGUGACACCCUGGCCUUCUCCGUGGAGGCAGGGCCUGUGCACACGGAUGCCACCCUACAAGUGACCAUUGCUCUAGAGGGGCCAUUGCCCCCACUACACCUGGUCCAGCACAAGAAGAUCUACGUCUUCCAGGGAGAAGCAGCUGAGAUCGGAAGGGACCAACUGGAGGCAGCCCAGGAGGCAGUGCCGCCCGCAGACAUUGUGUUCUCAGUGAAGACCCCGCCCAGUGCUGGCUACCUGGUGAUGGUGUCCCACAGCGCCUCCGCAGGAAAGCCACCCAACCUGGACCCCGUGCAGAGCUUCUCACAGGAGGCAGUGGAUGCAGGCCAGGUCCUCUACCUGCACUCCCGCCCUGAGGCCUGGAGUGAUGCCUUCUCGCUGGACGUGACCUCAGGCCUUGGCGCUCCCCUUGAGGGCAUCCGCGUGGAGCUGGAGGUGCUGCCCGCUGCCAUCCCCCUGGAGGCACAGAACUUCAGUGUCCCCGAGGGCGGCAUCCGCACCCUGGCCCCUCCACUGCUUCGCGUCACUGGAUCCUACUUCCCCAGGCUGCCGGGCCUCAACCUGCAGGUGCUGGAGCCACCGCAGCACGGGGCCCUGCAGAGAGAGGAAGGACCUCAAGACAGGACCCUCCGUGCCUUCUCCUGGAGAGAGGUGGAACAGCAGCUGAUCCGCUAUGUGCAUGAUGGGAGCGAGACACUGACAGACACCUUCGUCCUGGUGGCCAACGCUUCAGAGAUGAACCGCCAGAGCCAUCCUGUGGCCUUUACUGUCACUGUCCUGCCUGUCAAUGACCAACCCCCCAUCCUCACCACAAACACAGGCCUGCAGAUAUGGGAGGGGGCCACUGCGCCCAUCACUUCGGAGGCCCUUAGGGGCACAGACAGAGACUCAGAGCCCGAGGACCUGGUGUACACCAUCGAGCAGCCCAGCAAUGGACAGGUUGUGCUGCGGACAGCACCGGACACUGAGGUCCGCAGCUUCACACAGGCCCAGCUGGAUGGUGGGCUCGUGCUGUUCGCACACAGAGGAGCCCUGGACGGAGGCUUCCACUUCGAUCUCUCCGACGGUGAGCACACUUCCCCUGGACACUUCUUCUACGUGGUGGCCCAGAAGCAGCUGCUCCUCACCCUGGAGGGCAGCCGGACGCUGACUGUCUGCCCAGGGUCUAUCCAGCCGCUUAGCAGCCACAGCCUAAGUGCCAGCUCCAGCGAAGGCACGGACCCCCGCCACCUGCUCUACCAUGUGGUGCGGGGCCCCCAGCUGGGCCGGCUGUUCCAUGCCCAGCAGGAGAGCACUGGGGAGACCCUGGUGAACUUCACCCAGGCUGAGGUGACUGCUGGGAAUGUUCUGUAUGAGCACGAGAUGCCCCCCGAGCCCUUCUGGGAGGCCCACGACACUCUGGAGCUCCUUCUGUCCUCACCCCCUGCCCCUGAUGUGGCUGCCACCCUCACUGUGACCGUGUCCUUUGACACUGCCUGUCCCCAGCGCCCCAGCCGCCUCUGGAGGAACAAAGGUCUUUGGGUCCCUGAGGGCCAGCGGGCCCAGAUCACCGUGACUGCCCUCGAUGCCUCCAACCUCCUGGCCAGCAUUCCGUCGCCCCAGCGCCCCAAGCACGAUGUGCUCUUCCAGGUCACGCAGUUCCCCACCCGAGGCCAGCUGCUCGUGUCCGAGGAGCCCCUCCACGCCAGGCGGCCCCACUUCCUACAAUCUGAGCUGGCCGCGGGGCAGCUGGUGUACUCCCAUGGCGGAGGGGGCCUCCAGCAGGAUGGCUUCCGCUUCCGCGCCCACCUCCAGGGGCCGACGGAGGCCUUUGUGGUGGGGCCCCAAACCUCAGAGGCCUUUGUCAUCACAGUGCGGGAUGUGAAUGAGCGGCCACCUCAGCCCCAGGUCUCAGUCCCGCUCCAGCUUACCCAGGGCUCCCGGGCCCCCAUCUCCCGGGCCCAGCUGAGUGUAGUGGAUCCAGACUCAGCCCCUGGGGAGAUCGAGUACAAGGUACAGCGGGCACCCCACAAUGGCUUUCUGAGCCUGGUGGGGGGCAGCCCAGGACCUGUGACCCACUUCACCCAGGCCGACGUGGAUGCAGGGAGGCUGGCCUUCACGGCCAAUGGGAGCAGCAUGGCAGGUACUUUCCAGCUGAGUGUGUCUGAUGGGGCCAGCCCACCCUUGCACAUGUCCCUGGCCGUGGACAUCUUGCCAUCUGCCAUUGAGGUACAGCUGCGGGCUCCCCUUGAGGUGCCCCAAGCCUUAGGCCGUGCCUCGCUGAGCCGGCAGCAGCUCCAGGUGGUUUCCGAUCGGGAGGAGCCAGAUGCAGCAUACCACCUUACCCAGGGUCCCCAGUAUGGACAUGUCUUGGUGGAUGGGAAGCCCGCCUCAGCUUUCAGCCAGCUCCAGAUAGACCAAGGGCAGGUGGUCUUUGCUUUCACCAACUUUUCCUCUGCUCAUGACUACUUCAGUGUCCUGGCACUGGCCCGGGGUGCCAAUGCGUCAGCCACAGUGAACGUCACUGUGAGGGCUCUGCUGCAUGUCUGGGCAGGUGGGCCGUGGCCCCAGGGUGCCACCCUGCGCUUGGACCCUGCCGUCCUAGAUGCAGGUGAGCUGGCCAACCUCACGGGCAGUGUGCCCCGCUUCCGCCUCCUGGCAGGCCCCCAACACAGCCGUGUGGUCCGUGUGCCCCAGGCCAGGACGGAGCCCAGGGAUGGCCAGCUUGUGGAGCAGUUCACCCAGCAAGACCUUGAGGAUGGGAGGCUGGGUCUGGAAGUGGGCAGGCCAGAGGGUCGGCCCCCUGGCCCCGCCGGCGACAGCCUCACUCUGGAGCUGUGGGCACAGGGGGUCCCGCCCGCUGUGGCUUCCUUGGACUUUGCCACUGAGCCUUACAAUGCAGCCAGGCCCUACAGCGUGGCCCUGCUCAGUCUCCCUGAGGCUGCUCGAACAGAAGCAGGGAAGCCAGAGAACGGCACACCCACAAGUGAGCCAGGCCCAGCAGCAUCCAGCCCCAUGCCCACCGUGGCCAAGGGAGGCUUCCUGGGCUUCCUCGAGGCCAACAUGUUCAGCGUCAUCAUUCCCGCGUGCCUGGUCCUCCUGCUCCUGGCUCUCAUUUUGCCACUGCUCUUCUACCUCCGCAAACGCAACAAGACAGGCAAGCACAACGUCCAGAUCCUGACCGCCAAGCCCCGCAACGGCCUAGCCGGGGACACUGAGACCUUCCGCAAGGUGGAGCCAGGCCAGGCCAUCCCGCUGACGGCAGUGCCUGGCCAGGGGCCCCCACUGGGCAGCCAACCUGACCCAGAGCUGCUGCAGUUCUGCCGGACACCCAACCCUGCCCUCAAAAAUGGCCAGUACUGGGUAUGAGGCCUGACCUGGGCCCAGAUGCUGACCAGGCCAGGACAGGCUUGCCUGGGCCCCGGGUCCCCCUGCUCCCAGACCCAGGGAGAAAGAGAUCUGGAGACAUUGGGGGUGGAGGGUGCCUGAACAUAGUCCCAGGGGUCCGGGAUGGAGUGGAGUCAAGAGUUGGAGUCUCCCCCAGCUCCCUCCACGUCUAGAGAACUGCAAAGGGCUGAGGCAGCAGGCAGGCUCGAGGUCAGGCCCCCCUGCCCUGGAGCCAGUUUGGGCUGCCAAAACCAGGGUACCUCCUACAUGGCUCAGGGCCUUGGGUAAGACACAUCCAGGCUGCCAAGAUGGCAAGGAGAAAGUGCCCUAGGGAGGGAAGGGAUAGAUUUGAGGACUCCUGGCUUUUCCACCCCAACCCAGGCCUCCCCUUGUCUCUGCCCCAGGGUUGAGGGAAAACUCGUUCCCCCUGAUUUUUUAGGGAGAAGGGAGUCCCUGGAGCAGAGGGCAGGAGGAGAGAGCUCGUUAGCUCUCUAGAAGGCAUUAGUCAGUAGAAUAAUAUAUUCAGGGUGGGGUGGGUUGCUCUGGGGAUGGGUUUAUUUAAGGGAGAUUGCAAAGAAGCUAUUUAAUAUGGUGCUGAGCGAGCCAGGACUGAUGGAGCCCCUGGGGGUGGGAUGAUAGAGGGUCUGAGGCCAGUCCCUCCCCAGGGCCCCACCUUGAUGGACUGAGGCAUAGGCACCCUCAGCCAGGAGCCUCAGAGUGGGCUGGGCUGGGGCAUGUGCAAGGUCUCCAGCCAAGGGCCCACAAUGCCUGUGCUCCCUGGAGGCUGUGGGAGCGGGCAAUCAGGGACACUCGGCUCCACAGGGCCUGGAUAAACGGUGCUUUGGGCUCUG